AUGGAUUCCGAGCCCACCAAGCCUGCGGCGCAGUCUUCCGACUCUGCAAAGCCUCCAAUGGACCCCAAACCUGCCGACAGCACGCCCGCAUCCGCCAGCGAAACCACCGAUGCUCCGUCGGGCAAUGGCGACAGAAAGCAAUGGCGCGACAAAGGCACCCGCGGUAACAAGCGCAAAUGGCAGCAGGGCGGCAACCUCCAGCAUGGUUCGCGCGGUAAGAGAAAGGAUAUUGGCCGAGGCGAAUAUAUUCGCUCCCAACCAGACAAGCGCGCUCGCAAUGAGGACGAGAAAGCCAAGCGUCGCCGUUUAGAAGCCGAGGGCAUCCAGUCUGUCCUCCCCAAGGCCUUCUCCAAGGAGGAGGUUGACGCCGAGGAGCGUCGUCCCAAGCGCAAGGUCGUCGUCAUGAUCGGAUACUCGGGCAGUGGCUACAAGGGCAUGCAGAUCAUGCCAAACCACCGAACCAUCGAAGGAGACCUUUUCACCGCAUUCGUCAAGGCCGGCGCCAUCUCGAAAGCCAACGCCGACGACCCCAAGAAGUCUGCCCUCGUCCGCUGCGCAAGAACCGACAAGGGCGUGCAUGCCGCUGGAAAUGUCAUUUCGCUCAAACUGAUCAUCGAGGACCCGGACGUCGUCGAGAAAAUCAACAGCCAUCUCUCUCCGCAGAUCAGAGUUUGGGGCAUCGAACGGACUACUGGCAGUUUCAGCGCCUACCAGGCCGUUGACUCGCGCUGGUACGAAUACCUGAUUCCCACCUACUCUUUGCUCCCACCCCACCCCAACAGCUACCUCGGAAGGAAGCUUGUCGAGUUGUCAGAUGAGGUGGGCGAUCGCGAAGGGUACGAGUCCAGGCAAGAGGAGGUUGCGGGCUGGUGGAAGGAGACUGAUGAGAAACACAUCAAGCCUGCUCUGGCAAAGUUGCAACCCUGGGUUAGAGAGCUUGUCGAGAAGGCACUCUGGGAGUCGGAAACUGACCCCGAGGCUCCUAACGAGAAGACCAACGAGGUCGCUGCCGAAGAUGCUGCAGACAUGGCCCAGCCUGUUCGUGUUGGCGGUGACAAUGCACCCGAUCCCAUGCAUAUUGAUGCCAGCGAAAAGACUGAAGAAGCCGCCAUCAUCAUAAACGAGCCAGGCAUCACCAAAGAAGCCGAGCCGGAGCCAAUGGAUAGUGAUGCGACAAAGCCUGAGUCGGCCACAGCUGGGGACGACUCAGUUCAGACGACAAACGAUAUCCCGAACCCAUCUGCCGAGGACGACAUGCCCCCAACCGAUCCCACGAAGCUUUCUUUGGGCCAGAAGCGCACGAUAGAAGCAGCCAUUAAGCAAAUUAAAGGCAUCUACAUGGACGCCAAGAAAGCUUACCGUGUGCCCUCGAAACGCGUCGAUCGCCUCCGCGAUGCUCUCAAUGCCUACGUCGGCACCAAGAACUACCACAACUAUACCGUGAACAAGAAGUUCAAGGACCCUUCGGCCAAACGUUUGAUCAAGAGUUUCAAGGCUGCUGAGGAGCCCAUCAUCAUCAAUGGAACCGAGUGGAUCAGUCUCAAGGUCCAUGGACAAAGUUUCAUGAUGCAUCAGAUCAGGAAAAUGGUUGGUAUGGCGGCGCUGAUUACCCGCUGUGGCUGUCCAGUCGAGCGUAUUGCGGAGACGUUUGCCGACGUCGACGUCGCGAUCCCGAAAGUGCCGGGUCUAGGCCUGUUGCUUGAGCGGCCGGUGUUCGACUCGUACAACGCAAAGGCCGCGGACAAGUUUCAACGCGAGAAGGUCGAGUUCACCAAGUACGAAGCGGCUAUGGAGGAGUUCAAGCAGAGGGAGAUCUACGAGAGGAUAUUCCGUGAGGAAGAGGACAGCAACCAGUUCAACCAGUUUUUCGCACACAUUGACGGUUACAGAGAGCCGUUCUUCCUCUACCUCACCUCCAAGGGCAUCAAGGCAUCUACUGGACCGGAGAUGGAAAAGGCGAAGGACAAGAGCAGGGCCAACAAGCCGAAGGAGUUCAACGGAGACUCUGAGAGCGAUGCCGAGGCUGGCGAUGGCUGA